AUGUCGGGGCGCGGGGCGCGGGGCCCGGGCCGGGGCCCGCCGGCGCUGCUGCUGCUGCUGGCGCUGGGCGCGCUGCCGCGGGCGCGGGCCGUCGAGGAGGCGCCCGGCGGCGCGCACGGCCCGAGCCAGGGCUUCCAGGUGGUCACCUUCAAGUGGCACCACGUCCAGGACCCGUACAUCAUCGCGCUCUGGAUCCUCGUGGCCAGCCUGGCCAAGAUCGGCUUCCACCUGUCCCACAAGGUCACCAGUGUGGUCCCCGAGAGCGCCCUGCUGAUCGUGCUGGGCCUGGUGCUGGGCGGUGUCGUCUGGGCCGCCGACCACAUCGCCUCCUUCACGCUCACGCCCACGGUCUUCUUCUUCUACCUGCUGCCCCCCAUCGUGCUGGACGCCGGCUACUUCAUGCCCAACAGGCUCUUCUUUGGCAACAUGGGCAGCAUCCUGCUGUACGCGGUCAUCGGCACAGUGUGGAAUGCGGCCACCACCGGCCUGUCCCUCUACGGGGUCUUCCGCAGCGGCCUGAUGGGGGACCUGGACAUCGGGCUGCUGGACUUCCUGCUGUUCGGCAGCCUGAUUGCCGCCGUGGACCCGGUGGCCGUCUUGGCCGUGUUCGAGGAGGUGCACGUCAACGAGGUGCUGUUCAUCAUCGUCUUCGGGGAGUCCCUCCUCAACGACGCCGUCACUGUGGUCCUGUACAACGUGUUUGAGUCCUUUGUGGCCCUGGGCGGUGACAAUGUGACCGGCGUGGACUGUGUGAAGGGCAUCGUGUCCUUCUUCGUGGUGAGCCUGGGGGGCACGCUGGUGGGGGUCGUCUUCGCCUUCCUGCUCUCGCUGGUGACGCGCUUCACCAAGCACGUGCGCGUGAUCGAGCCCGGCUUCGUGUUCGUCAUCUCCUACCUGUCCUACCUCACGUCCGAGAUGCUGUCCCUGUCGGCCAUCCUGGCCAUCACCUUCUGCGGCAUCUGCUGCCAGAAGUAUGUGAAGGCCAACAUCUCGGAGCAGUCGGCCACCACGGUGCGGUACACCAUGAAGAUGCUGGCCAGCGGGGCCGAGACCAUCAUCUUCAUGUUCCUGGGCAUCUCCGCCGUGGACCCCCUCAUCUGGAAGUGGAACACGGCCUUCGUGCUGCUGACGCUGGUCUUCAUCUCUGUGUACCGGGCCAUUGGGGUCGUGCUGCAGACCUGGGUCCUGAACCGGUACCGGAUGGUGCAGCUGGAGAUCAUCGACCAGGUGGUCAUGUCCUAUGGCGGCCUGCGCGGGGCCGUGGCCUUCGCCCUGGUGGUCCUCCUGGACGAGAGGAAGGUCAAGGAGAAGAACCUGUUCGUCAGCACCACCAUCGUGGUCAUCUACUUCACCGUCAUCUUCCAGGGCCUGACCAUCAAGCCCCUGGUGCAGUGGCUGAAGGUGAAGCGGAGCGAGCACCGCGAGCCCAAGCUCAACGAGAAGCUGCACGGCCGGGCCUUCGAUCACAUCCUGUCCGCCAUCGAGGACAUCUCCGGGCAGAUCGGGCACAAUUACCUCAGAGACAAGUGGUCCAACUUCGACAGGAAGGUCCUCAGCAAAGUGCUCAUGCGGCGGUCGGCGCAGAAGUCCCGCGACCGCAUCCUGAACGUGUUCCACGAGCUCAACCUGAAGGACGCCAUCAGCUACGUGGCCGAGGGCGAGCGCCGCGGGUCCCUGGCCUUCAUCCGCUCCCCCAGCACUGACAACAUGGUCAACGUGGACUUCAACACGCCGCGCCCGUCCACUGUGGAGGCCUCCGUGUCCUACCUCCUGAGGGAGAACGUCAGCGCCGUGUGCCUGGACAUGCAGUCCCUGGAGCAGCGGCGGCGGAGCAUCCGCGACACGGAGGACACGGUCGCCCACCACACGCUGCAGCAGUACCUGUACAAGCCGCGGCAGGAGUACAAGCACCUGUACAGCCGCCACGAGCUGACGCCCAACGACGACGAGAAGCAGGACAAGGAGAUCUUCCACCGCACGAUGCGCAAGCGCCUGGAGUCCUUCAAGUCAGCCAAGCUGGGGCUGCACCAGAGCAAGAAGGCGGCCAAGAUGUACAAGAGGGAGCGCGCCCAGAAGCGGAGGAACAGCAGUAUCCCCAACGGGAAGCUGCCGCUGGAGAGCCCGGCGCACAGCCUCACCAUCACGGAGAAAGAUACGGAGCUCUCGGAGCCCGAAGAGGCCCCCGAUGACACGGCCGAGGAGAUGACCGGGGGCAUCGAGUUCCUGGCCAGCGUCACACAGGACACGGCGGCCGACUCCCCCUCAGGGAUUGACAACCCCGUGUUCUCCCCCGACGAGGACCUGGGCAUCCUCGCCAGGGUGCCCCCCUGGCUGUCCCCCGGGGAGACGGUGGUGCCCUCCCAGAGGGCCCGUGUGCAGCUGCCCUGCUCGCCCGGCACCCUGCACCGCCUGGCGCCCUUCCGCCUCAGCAGCAAGUCGGUGGACUCGUGCCUGCAGGAGCCCCGUGCCGCGCGCCCCGAGUCCACGCACAUGUAACGCCCUAACCUGUCUCCCGCUCCUCUCCCCAGGCCGGUCUCCGCUCCACGCUGCUCUCCUUCUGGCUCGCCUGACCGGG